GCUGGUGCUCUGACAUACACACACAUGCACACACACUUAGACAUACUGCAAACUCUCCACAGGAAACUCUGAGCCAUAAUGCGAAGGCACCUCAGAGCAGACGGGUGCAUUGCUCAAACCAAGUGGGAUACGGCACAGCUUUGAUAGUGCGUUAAUUACUCAUGUGAUGUGAUACAGAUGUCUGGGGGCUUCAGCUGAAAGUUUGCCUGACGGUUUCCAAGGGGGCCAGGCAGGCAUUUUAGAAACGCAGUUACAUAUUGAGGCGGUCUUCCAGUCAGUGAAAUCAAAGAGCUUGAUGCAUUCGAUAAUGGGGACCACAGCUUGGCAUAUGCUCAUGCUAAUGGCCUGUUUGGCAGCCAGAGGAAUGUGCCAGAUAAAGGAAAUGGAAGCUGAGGACUCUCUGCCUGUCAACCUGGUCCAUACCACCCUUCCGUCCCCAGGUUUCCACAGCACCGUCAGUCCAAGCGCAGGAACAGAUCUCGCUUCAUUUGUUGCGGGAGCUCGGGCACAAGCUUUGGGAUCCAGCUCUGUUAAUAACACUGUCAUAAAGAAACCAGUGCGACCCCCAAGAUGUCUUGUAAAUCCCUCAAUUAGCAACUAUUUCAAAUACAUCAACACCGUCAUUUCAAUUAUCGUCUUUGUGGUCGGCCUAGUUGGAAACGCCACCCUCCUGAGGAUUAUAUACCAGCAUAAGUGCAUGAGGAACGGGCCCAACGCCCUCAUCGCCAGCCUUGCCCUGGGCGACCUUAUCUACAUUUUCAUUGACAUACCGAUCAAUGUGUACAAGCUCCUGGCAUCCCGUUUUCCCUUUGACGACCACUGGUUUGGGCUGUGUCUGUGCAAGCUGGUGCCCUUCCUGCAGAAAGCCUCCGUUGGCAUCACAGUGCUAAACUUGUGUGCCCUCAGUGUGGACAGGUACAGGGCAGUGGCGUCCUGGAGCCGGGUGCAGGGGGUGGGCAUCCCUCUCCUCACCGUCAUCGAGAUCGUGUCCAUUUGGUUGCUGUCUCUCAUUCUGGCAGUGCCUGAGGCUGUCUGUUUUGACAUGGUCACUUUCAACUACAGCAACAACACCAUUCACACUUGCAUGCUUAACCCACAGACUGAUUUCAUGAAGUUCUACACAGUGGCAAAAGAUUGGUGGCUGUUUGGCUUUUACUUUUGUGUCCCACUUACCUGCACUGCCAUCUUCUACACUCUGAUGACCUGUGAGAUGUUAAACCACCGGAACGGCAGCCUUCGCAUUGCGCUCAGUGAACACCUGAAACAGAGGAGGGAGGUGGCCAAAGCUGUCUUCUGCCUUGUGCUGAUCUUUGCCCUCUGUUGGUUCCCUUUGCACCUCAGCAGGAUUCUAAAGAAGAUGGUAUACCGCCAGAAUGAUAACAUGCGCUGUGAGCUACUCAAUUUCCUGUUGGUCUUGGAUUAUCUCAGCAUCAACCUGGCAACAAUCAACUCAUGCAUAAAUCCCAUCAUUCUAUACUUCGUGAGCAAGAAGUUCAAAAACUGCUUCAAGUCAUGUUUGUGUUGCUGGUGUUAUUCCGACAACCAACUGAACAGCAUUGGACUCGUGAAUGGUACCAGUGUCCAGUGUAAAAGCCCAGAACCCAACAACCUCCACACUGACAAGAGUAUCAGGAAAGACAGCAACUGAUUGUUCUUUGGAAUUUUUAAUGACUGAUUGAGAGCUUAAAAGACAAUGCUCAUUAGAAAAUGUAUAUAUGAAAAAACAAGCUUAUAUCUAACUAUAAUUGGGACUCUGAAGCAAGAAAUCCAUCCGGAAGAAAAAUAUUUGGAACUGGAAUAAAAGGAACAAACCAUGGAGUGAGUUUCUUGAACCUCACAGCAAGCCAAGCUUCCUGAGAAAACCCCCUUCUGUUCCCACACCCACGGACAGUGACACAGUAGUCUGAGAAGAGGGGAAGAUUGAUGAGGAUGACAAGGACACUUUGAGGGGAUGCAGCUGAACUCUAUAAAUAAAUCUCUAUCAGGAGCUAAGUGUGUUGUUCCUGUAAAGGGCAGAAUCACCGGGUUGGAUGCAACAAGAACAAAAAGGCUGAUUGCUGGCUGCCAGGGAGAAUGAUGUUAAGAGAAGUGUACAUGCUGUUCCCAGAAGUUUGAUAUUCAAUGGGAUUAUUCACCAAACAAACAUGUUACUGACUCAAACAACAAUAAUCAUCUGAAGGUUUGGAAUUGAUUUGACCUACACUCAUUGCAAUUAGCUGGACCUACACUGUUUACUUUUUCUGAUCCGUUAAGACUUUUACAAAACUAAACGGUGGCAGAAGCAGUAGUGAAAUGCAAGUACUGACCUGUGCAUACUAAAAGUGUUACAAGAUUUUGUAGUAUAAAGAAUAUUCACAAACUGGUGCAGAUUAACAAGAUUAUCAGUAACACUUUUACAACUUUUCCUUUUAGAUUGUUUUUGGGAUUGUAGCUCGUGAUAGUUAUGUCCUAAUUUGAAAAAUAUGUGAAAAAAAGAACGCAGCCAAGAGUGGAGACCAAAGAUGUUAAAGACAAAAUAAUGCAUAACAUGCCUAACAAGAAGAAAGUAGUCAUGACAAAAUUUCCAGUAAGAAUGUGAGCUUAAGAGUCAUUAAAUAAUGCUUUUUAUAGCAAUUUGUUCAGAAGAAAGACAGAAGAAAUAUUUUUUGAGAAGCAGAAGCUUAGAGACCUAACAGACAAGCACUAUGCCCAGGAAUUUAAAAGCGCUCUUUGGCAAGAGCGGUCUAGCUCUAAUUCAACCCGGUGGCAAAUAGCCACAUGUGAAAAACCCUGUCACUCAAAAAAGGCAAGUUUCUCCCAACAACUUUGUCACCAGGAUAGACUACUUUAUAUUAGCAAGCCAUGCUGUGGUUGAGUAAAGCAGAGCAAUGGUGAAUGGAAGCAGCUCAGAGUCAGACUUUUCUGCACAUACAUAUCAGUUAAACACUGUUUAAUGUGUGAUGGUCCCUUCAAGAUAAUGCUGAACAUGUGAUGGUCAAAAGUGAGGUCUGCAAGAAAAAUACUAAUAUACAAACAAGUGCAGUCAAACACUCUCUUAUUCAUUUAGCUCAGACACUGAGAAAACAAAAACGUGUCACUUUCGCAGCUAAUUCUUCUAGGUAAGCAGCUUGGGUAAAUGUUUUUAGAGUGUGGUUAUUGAUUUAAUUUAAUAAUGUGAUAAGAUAAGAUAAAAGUUGAUGUUUGUACUGAAAGAAAACACAAAAAGUUAAACAAUGCAUCUUUUAACCAGAGAAGCUCGCAGUUGCCUCAGUUGUCUGGAUGCUGGCUCCGCUUGAGAUAUCAGGUCAUUGAAUUGGCAUGAACUCAGCUGUGUCUUCAAUUAUCGGCUUUGGGUUGUUCCCUCCCUUGAAUUCUGGUGCAAAAGGUGUUUGAACGGAGAUACUAUAUUUUGGUAGGUGAGGACAAACCCACCUUCGUUACGUUUACACCACUUUUCCUGUGAAAAUUAUCUUUAGGGAAAGUAUGAGUGCUUACUCUAAACCUUUCUUUGCCAAUAAGUAGCGAUACACCCUUAGGCAUGCUUGUGUUAUAAAGUUCUUCUGAUGUCAAGAAAACAACCCAUUUUCUGUUUAAACAUUAGGCAAUCUUUCUCUGCAACAUGCUAUCAUACAUAUAUGGUAGUUCAUUUUCGCUUUAGAGAGGUUUGGCUCCAAAGGUUCUUUUUGUGCUGGAAAAAUUCCUUUUAAAAUUGCCUAUAUGCUAUGAAAAACAGUGGAAAUGAAGAUUGGAAUCUAUUUAUGUUUCAAACUUUUAUGAGUCUUAAGUUUUCUGUCCUAAACAUCUUAUGAUAAUUGUCCAUUAGGCUAAUGAAUAAUGAAAAGUUGGCAUAAACUCCCAUAUGUACUGAAAAUUCACUGAAAAAAAUACCUUUUUAUCACAACACUGUGAAUUUUAGCAAACAAGCUUGUAUAAACAAAUUAACAUAAAUGUCUUUAAUAUGUUCACUUUUAUAAAGUGGUAUAUCAUAGUAGUAGUAAUAAGAAGUAUUUUACUCUGACAACAUUACCUUCAUUACCUUUACCAGUAUGCUAUAGUCAGAAGAUAAUUUUGCUUAAAAUUCAUAAAAGCAGCAAUUUAAAUAUAAAAAUGUAGCUAAACGUAUAGGGCAGGAAGGACAGCUCAUCUAAAAGGUGGGUGGGUCAUGUAAAAGCGAACAGAUAGCUAACAUUAUUAAACAGAACGCUAUUUAACACUGAAGGGUUUUGCUAAGUAUCAACAUUGUGCACAACAUAAUGAGUAAUUCUUUAUUAUAAAGGAAUAAAUUUUUACUGUUUCUUGUUUCAA